AGAACGGUGGGCGUAGAUGCACCCCAUUUUCCUUUGAAAGGAGCAAACACACGCACACACAUACACAAAGAAACCGGUGUGAUACGAUGAAUGCGUGGAAGCUCGUGCGCCUAUUCCACCCCAGCGAAGUCAGCGCAGCCUUUGCGGCACUGCAGACCGACACUGCUGUCCGCUACUUCGAAGACGCGUCCGGUCCGCUGGCACGCUAUCUUCAUCGACGACACGGCGACCAUGGCGACUGGCGCGACCACAUCGAAGUCCCGCUGCAUCAUUUUCUCGCUGACAGCGAUGUGUAUCGUCAACUUCCGCCGGAGGUGCGCCACAUCUGCGCUGGUUUGCACGAGGCAGCGAGAGCGUUUGUGGAGGUGGCGGUGCGAGAGCCUUCAGUGCUGCCUGCCCCCCGUGACGGUGUGCUGCACAACCUGGGGAGGAAGUCGGUGCUGCGUGUGCUGCGCUACCCGGCAGGAUCAGGGUGCCGACCGCACAUCGAUCCUGGCCUGUGCACUGCCCUGCUCACCGGGUCGGCGGGAGGGCUGGACGUCAACACGCUCGACGAACUCCCCGUGUCCUUCACCAAUCGUCCAGGCGACUACACAAGUCAUGCAAAUGUUGAAUUGGCGGCUCCGACGGCGCAGCCGUCAGCGUUAGCGAACGCAGAAGAAGAGGAGACGAAUGUCCUGAAUCUGCUUCCGAACUGGGAGCCGGUGGUGACGACAGAUGCGGGAGAGGCGGUCGUCAUGGCGGGGAAUAUGAUGGAUGUGAUCUCCCGCCAUACGGUGCCCGGCGUGCUGCACCGCGUGCGCAGGGACUGGGGAGGCGAAAGCGUCGUGACCCGCUCUGCCGCCCUUGCUGAUUCCGCUUCUCUUUGCCGCCGUGGCGUCACGCAGCGACAGCCACAGAGUGCUUUAUCAGCUGCCAGCGCAAAUGUGGGCACGACAACAGCAGCGGACCUGCAUGAUAAAGCUGGUCACGCACCCAGUGUGUAUAGGUUUAAUAUUAUUGUGGAGCUGCGACCCGCUCAGGCGAAGCGCUGGUACGCGGUGAGCAGGACUGGAUAG